UAGCUUACGAACAUGGGGACAAAAGUCCGUGCGUUCAGGCUGUAGAACCUCGAAAUUAAAACUCUUCACAUUAGGACUAAACUAUCAACAACUCCACCAUUAUGGAUCCUUUUACCACUCCACCUAUGUCUCCACGUCUCCCAGGUGCAGAGAUCAGAACCAAGCACAAAGAGGGCAUACGCCGGCUCUUCAAAUUCGCUAAAAUAGGCCUGCAACAGCUCCAGGGCUACUACCACCUAGGAGACAGCACAGUUAGGAAGAUCCUACUAUACGAUGUGCCUGAAAGAGCGCGCCCUACACGCACAGGGAGACCCAGAGAAUCCCUCAAUGAACAGGAGGUUAGAGAUAUUAUUGAGUAUGUUUGCACCGACCAUGCAACUAGAGUGCUGAAUUGGAUCCAAAUACACGAUGAAUUGCAACUCUCUUGCUCUGUUAAGACCCUCAAACGCCGCUGCAAAGAAGCUGGAUACUACUCUUGUAUCUGCUGCCAAAAGCCCUACCUCACUAAGACCCAAGCCAAUGCGCGGUGGCUGUAGGGGAUAGCACACAUGUUUUGGACUAUUUGGGAAUGGAGUCAGAUACUAUACUCAGAUGAGGUCACAUUUCAAGUUGGAGGGAAGAAAUACAAGCAGAGGUGUAUUAGGAAUAAGAAGGAACGCUAUCAUCCUAAUUGCAUUCAAUUCCAAAUGCAUAGAGGUGGUACUAUUCCUGUACACUUCUUUGGUGCUGUAGGCUACGGAUACAAAAG